GACACAAAAAAUGAGACUACAUAGAACCCUCCCUUAGAACGCGCCCCUCACUCCAAGAAUUGGCCCCUUCCGGCCCCCUCAAAGAGCUCCCCAGGGAAGAACCGAGCACUGGAGGGCGCCCGCGGGGCCUUCGGCUGACAGCGCGCGCGACCUCCCGCGCAGCCCAUUGCCCUGGCCAGGCCAGGCCAGGCCAGGCCAGGGAGGGGCGGGUCCCGUCCCCGAGACGCUCUAGCCGCGCGCUCUGUGGUGGGCCGGCCCGGCUGGGGUGACGCGGCGGGCGGGUCCCGUGAUGGCUGGCGGUGUCGCCCUCGCGUUGUCACUCGCUGCCGCCUCCCCGGCACCAGCUCGCGGCCGCCGAGCCCCCGCCAUGGCCGAGGACGGGCACCUGGAGGCCUCAAGCGAAGGGUCAGGGUGGCUAUCUAGUUGGCUUCCUGCAUGGUGCCCCACGUCACUGCCACAUCUUAAAGAAGCUGAAGAGAAAAUACUGAAGUGUAUCACAAGCACGUACAGUAAACAAUAUGUCUUCAUAUCCAAUGGAAAUAAAAUAUGGACGCUAACAUUCUCUCAGGACUUUUCAUAUAAAACUCCACUUGUUCUCCUCCAUGGGUUUGGAGGAGGUGUUGGACUUUGGGCUCUCAAUUUUGAAGACCUUUGCGAAAAUAGGACUGUUUAUGCAUUUGACCUCUUGGGAUUUGGGCGUAGUAGUAGACCACAGUUUGACACUGAUGCAGAAGGAGCAGAAAAUCAGUUUAUAGAAGCUGUAGAAGAAUGGAGACAGGAAGUAGGGCUGGACAGAAUGAUUUUACUUGGCCAUAAUCUGGGUGGAUUCCUGGCUGCGGCUUACUCACUGAAAUACCCAUCAAGGGUAAAGCACCUCAUUUUAGUGGAGCCAUGGGGUUUUCCAGAGAGGCCUGACAAUGCUGAACAAGAACGACCAAUUCCAAUCUGGAUUAAAGCACUAGGAGCUAUGCUGAGUCCAUUUAAUCCAUUAGCUGGGCUCAGGUUAGCAGGACCCUUUGGGUUAAGUCUUGUACAGCGUUUAAGACCAGACUUCAAGCGAAAAUAUUCCUCUAUGUUUGAUGAUAACACUGUUACUGAAUACAUCUACCACUGCAAUGUACAGUCACCCAGUGGUGAAACUGCUUUCAAGAACAUGACUGUUCCUUAUGGAUGGGCAAAAAGGCCAAUGUUACAGCGGAUCGCUCACAUGCAUCAAGAUAUUCCUAUCACUGUGAUUUAUGGAGCACGUUCUUGUAUAGAUGGCAAUUCUGGUAGUACCAUCCAGUCUCUGCGACCAAAUUCAUACGUAAAGACAGUGGCUAUCCUUGGUGCUGGUCAUUAUGUGUAUGCUGAUCAACCUGAAGACUUCAAUCAGAAAGUAAAAGAGAUAUGUGAUUCUGUGGACUGACUGAAUUCAGCUCUUUAUAAAGUCUGAUCGUACAUACAGUUUACUAGCAAUACUUUGUAGAACAUUACAAAAAUUUAAAGAAUGCAGAGCUAGUGGAGCAGGCUCUGUUUGCACACAGUUUCUUCCAAGAAGUCACCUGCACACUUAAACCACUUAGUGCCUUUUGAGUGGGGAAUAUUUUAAAUGGAAACCUUGUACAGUUUACUUUGAGACUUGUCUUUAAAUAUUUAGAGAUGUUUUUUGCCUGUCUGAUAUAGUGAAAAUAGAAAUAAAUAAUAGUUUUUAAACUGGGAAAAAAUUUGAAUUGAUUGAAAUUUGCAAAAUUUUGAACACUUUAAAUUAUGUUGCAUUCUAAAUCUACCAUAAGAAUGUCUAUACUAAGCCACUAUAUAAAUAAUAUACUGUAUAAAGAUAUGACUUGGUUACUUUAUAAACAUUCAUACUUGGUAGGCCAAUGCAUUCAUAGUAAGAAUGUGAAAUUAAUAUAUUUCUUCUCUUUCGAUCCCAAGACUUUAUGUACAAUAUUUUAACAUUUUAUUUUGGCAUGAUGACAGAUUAUGAAGCAGGUGUCUGGAGAGUGUCAGGGCCAAAAUAAUUAGCACAGCUUGUCAUUGGAAAUAAGGUGCGUUGAAGCUUACAGUACUUUUUUGCCUAUUGGAUUCUAUUAUAUACUUCACAAGACAUUCUUCCAUGUGUCUAAUCUCCUAGGAAACUUCAGUUUUAAGAGACAAUGGUGUUGCUGACACUCAUGCUUCCAUUACAGAUAAAAUAUGUUUGAAUUUAAUGACUUAAAAUACAGAAGUGGCCUGCUAGUUGCACAACCUAUUUUUAUGUUGAUACAAUUAUCGUAAGGUCUGUUGCCAGCCCAAAUCUAUUGGUUUUAGAAUUGCUCAUUUUGAUUAAUACCAGGAAAUAACUGUCUGACUAAUGAGAUUAAUCCUGAUCUUUUGCUUUUGAUAUUAAGCCUGCCAUUUUCUCACAAAUACAAAUUAGACUGAAACUAGUCUAAUUGGAAAUGCAACAGAAUAUUGGAUCUUAGUAGCAUCCUUAUAGGAAUGGAUAUUACCAGAAUAAAUAGUAUCAAUGAAAUAAACAGUAGCUUGUUUUGGGAAUUCCUUCUUAAGUGUUUGACCAAUUCAGUAUUUCACAAUUGGAGCAAAUCUAUUCUUUGGUUCUUUACAAAAGUGUAGUUUGACAUUAGUUUUCAGAUGCUUAGUAAAAUACAUUGAACAAAGUACUUUGACACUUUAAAGCCAAUUUAUGUGGUGUUUUUAUUUUUUAAAAAAAGCAAGUUUACGUUUCCAUUUGAUUGUUGGAAUAACUACUGAAAGUAUCUUGCUCCUUUAUAUAAAAUAUUUAAUGUUAUCACCUUCUAAAGGUUUGAAAAGAAUCUCUGGAUAUCUUUGCUUUCCAUAUUAUGAUUACAUGUAACAAAUUUUCUCAUAGAUUGUAUUCCAGUAGAGCACAGUCUUUCUUCUUACUUUACUUACAUGGUGCUAUGAAAACAUCAAACAGUCCUUGUGAUUGCCUUGACUGGUGGUACUUAUUAUACAUCUAAAUUAUUUAAUUGCAAUGAAUUAGUAAAUUAAAUUGCAUCUUUAAUUAGCAAAUCCAGAUUUAUAUAAAACAGAACAAUAUUUUCUAAAAUUCAAUGUUCAAAAUGGAGAUACAGAACAUCACAUAUAUUUUUGUACAUAGGUCAUAAAUUGGCAGCAUGACUGAUUGGUUAAUGAAUGCCUUGUUGGUGAAUAGUUUUUUUUCCAUAAUUAUCAGUCUAAUUUGCAUUGAUAAACUGAACUCAGCUAAACAUUUUGAAUUACCUACAGAAAGUGACACCAAAAUGUGUGGUGUCUCUUUUCUAACCAGGAAAAGGUGGAACACAUUGUUAAUACUUUCAGAUAGCAUUAAUGUAGGGAGCUCCAGUUUGUCACAUCUAAGUAUGUAAGGAAGGGGAGAAAAGUUCUAUGCCAAACAUGAAAAUUUCUCUAAAUAGCUCUUGUUUUUCCAACUCACUGUGCUAGUAAAAAUCACUGUUUAUGUAAGUUUUGCACUAUUAAAAAAAAUUUCAUUAAA